AUGUGCUGGCUCCUUGGUCAGCUCUGUGGAGUUGGCGUUGUUUACGCUUUCCUUGACUCUCAGUCUGAAUGGGCGUACCGUAUCCCCUUCGGGCUCCAGUGGGCGUUUGUGAUUCCAAUCUUAGGGGGUAUGGUGUUCGCUCCAGAAAGUCCAUGGUGGCUGGUACGUCAUGGUCGGUUCGACGAAGCGAAAGCAUCCCUGCUUCGACUCAUGUCACCAAGAUCUGAGGAUAACUUCAAUGCUGAUGAUACUAUGGCCAUGAUGCAACACACGAGUGAGGUAGGCAAAUAUCUCAAUGGGUCUGGGUCGUCCUAUCUCGAUUGUUUUAAAGGAACUAGUCUUCGACGCACGGAAAUUGCCUGCGCUGUUUGGAUCACACAGUCUCUCUCAGGUUCGACUUUGACUGGUUAUGCAGCAUAUUUCUUUGUGCAGGCCGGUCUACCUGUCAACCACUCUUUCCACAUUGCGGUCGGCAUGUACGGUGCGGGGAUUUUCGGAGGUAUCCUUUCCUGGGUAUGGUUGCGUAGGUUUGGCCGACGUCAACUGUACUUAGCAGGGUUAUCGAUCUCACUCGUCAUUUUACUAGUUGCGGGGGUUGUCAGUUUGAUUGUUGAAAAUAAGGCCGUCUCCUGGGCUCUUGGCUCCUUUGUUGUCGCCCUGACAUUCUGCUACGAUAACACAAUUGGCCCGGUUUGUUAUGUCCUUGUGGCUGAGAUCCCCUCAUCUCACCUCCGCAUUCGAACUAUUGUGUUAGCUCGGAUCGCCUAUAACAUAAGCAGCAUAAUUGUCAAUGUUCUGACACUCUAUAUGCUGAAUCCCACAUCCUGGGGCUGGAAAGGAAAAGGCUGUUUUUUGUUUGCUGGUACAACAUUUUGCUGUUUGGCCUGGUCUUACUUCCGUCUCCCAGAACCCCGAGGUCUGACGUAUUUGGAACUCGAUAUUCUGUUUGACAAGAAAGCCAGUGCACGGAAGUUUGGACAGCUUCAGAAGAAACUUGCCAGCUCGGGUUACUUCAGUUUAGCACCUAUGGCUCGCCCAGAAAGUCUUUGGGGAGGAUAUUCUUAG